AUGAAUAUUGCUCCAUCUGGCAUGGAGAAAGUGGAACCAGGAGUUACUCGGAACAUCUUGAAGCCGCAAAACGGAUCCGACAUUGUUCCUGGACAAGGAGAAAGUAAAACAAAACAACAUGUUAUGAAACCUGGGGGGAAGGGGUUGGUGGAAUACUACAAUAACAAUCCAACGAUCCUGAAUUUACGGAUCGAAUCCCGAGCCAGUGUGACGUUUCCGGAAAUCACGGUGUGCCCUUCUGAUUCGUUGAAUUACACUGCAUUGGAGCUCCACAAUCUGACCAAGGAAACAGUUCCUUCCCCCUUCCUGUUCCCGAAUGAGUUGAAUAUGACCUUAUUAGAAGUGCUGAACUUCUACACUUUCAAUGACUUUGCUAAAAUUGUAGACCGCUGUCUUUUAUUUUCCGAGCCGAACGUUGCAAGAGAUUGUGUUCAAGGUUUCUGGACCUGGAUAAAUGGCACUCAAGUCUUUACAACGGCUGCGGGAUAUUGGAGAGAGACCAGGUUCCUGACUACCACUGAAACUUGGCCCUUGAAAGUUUGCUACACUUUUCAUGCUGAUACCACGCUCCCUAUAAAGCUUCCCACUCUGUUUUCUAUCUUUGAGCUUCGCUUGAAUUUUCACGACUUGGAACAUAACUAUGACACCAGUGGAUAUUACGAGAUUCGCAUAGACUCGCUAGAAGAACCGUUCACAGGAAUGAAAAACGUUACAUCUUCAGGACAGACAUUUUUCCUCACGGAGGGAAGCAGUUACAUGCUGAGCCUAUCAGUGAAAAACUACAAUUUCCUGCCCUCAGGAAGUCAAUGCAAUGGAGACGAGAACUACGACUACCAGAAGUGUUUGGAAACUGCACUAACGGAGAAGGUGUUCAAGAACCUUACGUGUUCCAUGCCGUCAGUGGUACCAAACAUCCCUGACCAGACAAACACGCAGGACCAGUGCACCCCACUCGAAGAAUUUAUUUUCUUCUACCAUUAUGGUGUUGCGCUGCAGUCUUACGAUCCUGGAUGUUUGAGGAAAUGCAAGAGGACAGUCUAUAACGUGAUCCCAUUCCAGGAGGCAGCACUUCCUGCUGAAGAGCAUCUAGGCGGAAUCAAGUUGAACUUCCCCGCAGCCGAACUUGAAAUAGUGGAAGAGCAGGGACUGACAUCCCUACCUGUUUCUCUCAGACGUUGGAGGGAUGAUCGGGCUUUACUUGGGAUUCUCUCUUCUCAGCCUCUACGGAGGCUUGGAAAUUCUACUGUUGUGGAUCAAGUCACGAUUCUUCAAUGCCCCAAUUCGACCAGUGCAUUCAUUAGUCACAUGAGCUUUGAGAUGACAAAGAAAUCAGUGUCAUCUUUUAGGUAG